AUGCUCUGGUCAAUGGACCCGCAGGUGACCGUCCAUGGCGACUGGGUGUCGGCCGUGGUGCCGCUGAUGAAGCUGCUGUGCCUGACGGUCAUCGGCCUGCUCCUCGCCAACCCGCGGGUCCAGGUCGUGCCCAGGGCCACCUUCAAGCUGCUGAGCAAGCUCGUCUUCGCGCUCUUCCUCCCUGCCUCAUCUUCCACUGCCAUCGGGUGCGUUCUUGGGUACAUCGUGGCCCUGAUCUGCCGCCCACCGCCGCACCUGUUCCGGUUCACGGUGAUCAUGACCGGGUUUGGCAACACGGGGAACCUCCUGAUUGCGAUCAUCGGGUCGGUCUGCCAUACCAAUGAUCAUCCCUUCGGUCCUGGAUGCGACACCAUGGGUAUCGCUUAUGUCUCGUUCGCACAGUGGGUUGCGGUUAUUCUUGUCUACACUUUGGUCUACCACAUGAUGGAGCCACCGAUGCAGUUCUAUGAGAUUGUUGGGGAGGGGAAUGAGAUACAGGAAGAACCCGAGCAGAUCAGCAACUACAGUAGGUCUCUUCUUCAUGAGGCGGAGUGGCCAGGGAUGGUUGACAAAGAAACUGAGCAUUCAAAGACACCAUUCAUUGCAAGAGUUUUCAUGAGCAUCUCAGGUUCCUCACAGAAUACUUUUCCUGAUAUUGAUUUUACUGAAGAAGGAAAUUCUGGUGCUGGACCUAGCAGUCCUAAGUCGCUCAGAUGUUUGGCAGAGCCAAGAGUGGUCAGGAAGAUCAGGGUUGUAGCUGAGAAGACUCCAAUUCAGCACGUCCUUCAGCCACCGACAAUCGCCUCUUUACUUGCCAUCAUCAUUGGCAUGGUUCCUGUCUUGAAAGAUUUUGUGUUUGGGGCUGAUGCACCACUCUCAUUCUUCACCGACAGUUUGGAAAUCCUAGCUGCUGCUGUGGUUCCAUCAGUGAUGUUAAUUCUAGGAGGCAUGCUUGCGGAAGGCCCAAAGAUAAUGCCUUGGGCAUGA